UCCGUCUCACAGCUCCUGGCCGGGCCAUCCGACUGCUGGUUUAUCUGCUCCGGCACACACCCUCUUGCUGGGGAAGUGUCACCCACCCUACCCCAGGCCUCCACCACCACUUCCUCAUUUCUGCUGACUCUCUUCACCCUCUCCUCUCCUUCGUCUCCUCGCCUCACCCCUCUCUCUGGAUGCCAGCAGCUUCUAUAGUCAUGGAGCAGAUGACAGUCACACACCAACCCGGACUGUCAGUCACCAAACACUCACCAUCAGCCUUUCGAGAGGAGGGCGCACGGGGCCUCGCCACAGGAAGUGAAGCCAACUGCAGGUCAAACGAUGCCCCUGCAGUGACAGACCCAGUACUCACACAGCCUGGCCUCGGCGUCACCACGACAACCAUCACCACCAUCACCCAGACAGGGGGAAACUGGAGCUCCGGCUUGUUCGACAUCUGUGGAGACAAGACCUCAUGUCUUCUCGGGGCUCUGGUGCCGUGUUGUUUAGACCUGAGUUUGGCUCACCAGUACGGCGAGUGUCUGUGGACACCUUUCUUACCAGGAUCCACGUUUGCCAUGCGAGUCGGGAUCAGAGAGCGGUACAAGAUAAGGGGAAGUGUGUGUGAGGACUGGACCACAGUGUACUGCUGUUACCCUCUGGCUCUGUGUCAGAUGAUGAGAGAGAUGAAGUGGCGGAUGAAGACUCAGACGUAUCAUGUGUCCACUGCCCUUGAGUGCUCCUGAGGAAACCCUAGACAGUAAAUGAGGCUUUUCCUUCUUACAAUGCAGCAGAGAGCAUUGAGGACCUGCUGAGAUUACUGGAACUAACAGCAAAAGAAUCAAUACUAUAAGGUUUGAACUUACUCUCAAGUCCCCUCUGAGGACGCCUCGGACAAUAAAUCAAGCCUGCAUGUUCACAGAGGACCUGAGAGGGUGAACUGUGAUUUAUGGGGUAAACAAUCGCAACUUGAACCUUCUUUUAAACUGCUUGUGUUUCAAGACGACACCAUGACUGUAUUCUACUUUCCUUUCAGAGGCCAUGGUUCGUUAACUAAAUUCUAAUUGAGUGAAAAAAAGCAGGUGGUAAGACACAUGUUUAUUUGGUUUUUAUUGUGAGCAAAUAGCACUAAACAUCUGAUGAAACUCUCAGUGAAAUACCAGCAACUUAAAAAGAAACGAUUUUAUUUGAUUUCCAAAACCGUGUCUGUUUGUUUCUUGGUUUAAUUUUGCGACUGAUCCAAUUUCUACAGAACUUGGUGGAGGGAAGUUUGGUAAGAACCCAUUUUCUUGCAGAAGCAGAUUAAAGAACAGAUCCAGUUCUUUAAUCACCUUCUUUAAACUUUUUGUGAACAAACAACACCCAGUUUAGAGCACAUACCUUAAUUAUUUUCAUCAUAUGUAACCAUAUUUAAUUAAGACUUUUAUUUGGAUCUGCACCUUAUUAUACACAAUAAAUAUCAGUCUCCUAA